AUGAAAGAACAGGAUAGGCUCCAUGUUCAAGAGAUGGUUGGUGUUAUUGAUGACGUACAGAAUUCUGGGGCAAAAGAUCUCGGACCGUUUGAUAGUUCUCCCCAAAAUUCUAAUUUAGAUGCAAGUGAAGGAAACAAAAGACGUCAAAUUGACCUGCAAUCCGAAAAUGAACAGGAUGUGAAUGAAAUGUCUCCAAAACCGAAAAAGGUCAAAGCAAAAAGUAAAAAUGAAGAUCCAAGAUUGGAGGAAGCUUAUCAAUUUUGAAAAAAGUGGCCGCACCUCAACCAGUCGUCACAGAAGAUGAAUUUGCAGUAUAUGGACAACAUAUAGCAAAGAAACUGAUAGGUUACAAUAGAAGGACUCGAGUCGAAGUUGAACAUGCUUUCAGUAGAAUUCUAUAUGAUGCUGAUAUUGGCAAAUACGAGUGGGUUGCUCCACCAGUGCAGUUUGUUCCUCAUACUAUGCCACAACAACUUACAACACCUCUUCCAACAAUGUAUCCUCCUAAUUCUACACCACAUUCUACCCCAUCACGUUCUCCCUGUCUAACUCCUUACACAACUUAUUCUUCCUCACAAUCCCACUGCUCAACCCCUAACCCCAUCUCAACGGAAAUGGUAAAUGUAGAGUUGGCUUAUUCAGACUCACUUUGACGUGACGCAUUCAACAUUGUACGACAUAAUUACAUUUUGGUUUAUAUAUACGCAUUUCAAGCUGUAGCAUUCUAAGUUUAAUAAAUAAAUAUUUAAGUAUGUG